GAUGACGCUGACGGUGUUUUGGGAGCUGUGGGUGUCUUUAAGAGCUUCUUUCCCGACUGGUGUCGGUUCUGCUGCUCACUGGUAAGAGAGAGAGAGAGAGAGAGGCACGAGCUGCUGAAAUAUCAAGGAGAAACGAGACCACGCGAGUCGUACUGGACUUUAUUUAUUAGGAUACAUAUUUAGGAUAUACUGCCAUUCAACCUGGACAACAUGCAGUUGCCAAAGUCAUGGGCUUGCGGUUUGACGCUGCUCUCCGUUUUCAGCUCAGCCAUGUGCGCCAGUCACCACAGCUGUGAUGGAUCUCUGGCGUCUCUUCUGCCUGCAAACUCAUUUCUGAGCUCUUCGCAUUUCCCAGACAGUCGGGCUGCGUACUUCGCUAAACUAAACAGAAGAGAUGGAGGAGGAGGGUGGAGCCCAGAGUCGACAGACAGGUCGCCAUGGUUGCAGGUUGACCUCCAGGACCGAGUGGAGGUGACAGCAGUGGCCACACAAGGUCGUCACGGCAGCACAGACUGGGUCAGCGCCUAUAUGCUCCUCUACAGUGACACCGGGCGGGUCUGGAAGCAGUACAUGUUGGAGGACAGUGUUGGGAGGAUUGUGGGUAAUGUGAAUCCGGACAGUGUGGUUCACCAUAAACUCAGCCAGCCUAUCAGAACCAGGUUCCUGCGUUUUGUUCCUCUGGAGUGGAGCCCUAGCGGUCGAGCGGGUCUCAGGGUGGCUGUGUAUGGCUGUACCUACCGAUCAUAUGUGGCCGACUUUGAUGGAAGAAGCUCUUUGCUUUACCGAUUCAACCAGAAGUCAAUGAGCACGGUCAAAGAUGUUAUAUCUCUGCGAUUUAAGAGUCGACAGGCUGAGGGUGUUUUACUGCAUGGAGAAGGCCAGCGAGGGGAUUAUAUCACUCUGGAGCUACAUCGUGGCAGACUGGCCUUGCAUUUAAACCUGGAUGACAGCAGGGUGAGGUCCAGCAGUGCUCGUAUGGUUGUCACUCUUGGAAGUCUUCUAGAUGAUCUUCACUGGCACUCUGUUCUGAUCGAACGCUUUAACAAGCAGGUCAACUUCACUUUGGACAGACACACGCAGCAUUUCAGGACCAGGGGUGAUGGAGAUUCUCUUGAUGUUGACUAUGAGCUAAGCUUUGGUGGAAUCCCACUGCCUGGUAAACCUGGAACCUUUAUUCGGCGCAACUUUCAUGGUUGCAUGGAGAACCUCUACUACAAUGGAGUGAACAUCAUCGACCUGGCAAAGCGAAGAAAGCCUCAGAUAUACAGUGUGGGCAACGUGACCUUUUCCUGCUCAGAGCCGCAGCUGGUGGCAGCCACAUUUCAGAGCUCCAGCAGCAGCUUUCUGUCGUUGCCUGCCCCUGCACCGGUCCUGGAAGGCCCUUCAGUCCGCCUGCAGUUUCGCACUUGGAACCCUGAUGGCCUGCUGCUCACCACCCCACUCAUCUCCAGUCAGGAGCCUUCGUACCUGAUCUUGCAGAUCAGCAGUGGACGCCUCCACCUCACACACCAGACGGCAAAUCUGAAGAUGUCUGAAGUGUCAGCCGGCCAAAGGGUGAAUGAUGGUUUGUGGCAUUCGGUGAGUCUCAACACUAGAGGUCUACAGAUCAUUAUGACUCUGGACAAUGAGCCUGCAUCCACCAUCCAGCUGAAGAAUUACCUGGAGCCAAAAGACAAACACUAUUUUGGAGGAUGUCCUACAUCUCAGAACGACUCCAGCUGCUUUAAUCCUACAAUGGCCUUUCAGGGUUGCACCCGGCUCAUCUUUGUUAACAACCAACCAGUGGAUCUCAUGUCAGUCCAGCGAGGCCAUCUAGGGAGCUACAGUCAAAUACAGUUUGACUUAUGUGGCAUUCGUGACAGGUGUCUCUAUAAUUUAUGUGAGCAUGGUGGCCGAUGUUCUCAGACGUGGUCUUCGUUCUACUGCGAUUGCACUGGUACAGGAUACAGUGGAGCUACUUGCCAUAACUCCGUGUAUGAAGCUUCGUGUGAACGCUAUAGACUUGCCGGAAGCUCGUCGGGUUAUUUCUCCAUUGAUCCUGAUGGAAGUGGCCCUCUGGAUCCUGUUCAAGUGUACUGUAACAUCACAGAGAACAAAGUGUGGACUGUGGUCCAUCACAACAGCUCAGAUGGAGUCAGGGUACGAGGUUCGACGCUGCAGAAGCCGUAUGUGGCGUGGUUCAAUUACAGCGCCUCAUCUGAUCAGCUGAAAGCUUUAGUGUCUCUGUCAGAACAAUGUGAGCAGAAAAUCGCCUACCACUGCAGAAGAUCCCGGCUCUUUAAUCCUUGGGAUGGCACCCCUUUGUCCUGGUGGGUUGACCGCAGUGGAGAGAAGAGAACGUACUGGGGUGGAUACCAGCCGGGCGUGCAGCAAUGCUCCUGUGGUCUGGAGGAGAACUGUGCCGACAUGAAUUACUUUUGCAACUGUGAUGCAGAUAGAAUGUCAUGGGAGAAUGACACCGGAGUUUUCUCAUAUAAAGAACACUUGCCGGUUCAGGAGAUAGUGGUUGGUGACACUUACAGACUGGGCUCUGAAGCCAUGUACGCCGUGGGACCCCUGCAGUGCUCCGGUGACAAGUUCUUGUGGAACGCCGCAUCCUUUUAUCAAGAGGCUUCAUGUCUGCUCUUCCCUGGCCUCCCGGCAGAACUCUCCCUCGAUGUCUCCUUUUACUUCAAAACUGCCUCUCUUUCUGGGGUUUUCCUUGAGAACAUGGGCAUUCAGGACUUCUUCCGAAUAGAGCUGAGCUCUCCCUCAUCCGUGACCUUCUCCUUUGAUGUGGGCGACGGGCCAGUAGUGCUGACUGUCAAAUCUCCCGUGCCACUAAAUGACAGACAGUGGCACUGGGUUCGAGUCGAACGCAAUGUGAAAGAUGCAUCCUUGCACGUUGACCAACUACCCCUGCAGAUCACAGAAAUCUCUCCUGAUGGUUACCUUCGCCUUCAGCUCGGCAGCCAGAUGUUUGUUGGAGGCACAGCCACAAAACAAAAAGGUUUUCUCGGGUGUAUCCGGGCAUUUAAUAUGAACGGAUUGAACUUCGACCUUGAGGAGCGUGCCAAAGUGACACCGGGAGUGAGUUCGGGAUGCGCUGGUCACUGUAGCACCUCAGCUGGGCUUUGCCACAAUCGGGGAAAGUGCAUUGAGAAGAGCAGUGGUUAUGUUUGUGACUGCACGAACUCCGCCUAUGGAGGACCCUCCUGCACUGAAGAGGUGUCCAUGUCUUUUGAAAGAGGUGCAUCGGUCACCUACACCUUUCAGGAGCCAUUCUCCGUCAUGCAGAACAGGACGGCCGCUGCGCCGCUCGGGUCCACUCAGUACAGCAUGUCCAGAGACACCACAGCACUCAGUUUCCAAACCACCCAGAGUCCUGCCAUGCUGCUCACAGUCACUACGCUCAGCCAGCAGUAUGUGGCUGUCAUCUUAGCAAGAAAUGGGAGUUUACAGAUUUGGUACCGACAGCAUAAGGAGUUGAGUCCAGAUGUGUUCAGCCCCAUUCGGAGUAACCUGGCAGAUGGACGACUACACAGAGUUCACAUCCAGCGGGAGGGAAAGGAUGUGUUUGUUCAGGUUGACCAUGAAAAUAAGAAGUACAUUCUAUCAUAUGAUGCAGCCUUUAACUCCAUGAAGUCGCUGACCCUGGGAAAAGUGACAGGAAGUGAUGUAAUAGAUGACGAGGUAACUUAUGCUGGAAGCAAAGGUUUCAUUGGCUGCUUUUCAUCUGUUCAGUAUAACCACAUUGCUCCACUUAAGGCAGCAUUACUGAACCGAGGAAGCUCACUGGUUAGCAUACGAGGACGUCUGCUGGAGUCAAACUGUGGUGCAUUAGCUGACCUUUCAACUUCUGUAUCUCGCUUGGAUCAUGGUGAGAAGGUUGGCAAAGACAAUGAGCAUCAUGGAGACAACAGCCAGCCUGAUUCAGCUGUGAUCGGAGGUGUAGUUACGGCUGUGGUCUUCAGUACUUUCUGCGUGCUGGCAGUGAUGAGCCGUUUCCUAUACCAGCAUCGACAGGCUCAAAGAACAGCACGCCUCCAGGAGAAAGAGCACCAACGUAGCCUUGAAGCCGCUUACAGGGCAGAGUUUCACCUCCACCACCCUAUAAGAGACAGCAUGCAGGAAUAUUACAUCUGACGGACACUUCUUGUAGUUUUCAGUUCAGAUAUCAGUUCCACCUGUAUCUCCCUCAGCAAAGCCCUUUUAAAUUCUGGAAGGAUCGUUUGUCGGAGGUUUCCUCGCUUUGGGAGCGUCAGAAUCCUCUGAUCUAUGUAAGUAGUAGCUUGUAGUUCUCACAGUGCUUGCCCCAAGUGUUGGAUUAACUAAAGUUACAGUACUGUAGGUCAUUUUUGGGAUGUGAGUGGUAUGUUAGAAGGUGUUUUAUUAUAAUUUCAUAAAAUGUCUUUUGGGUAGAAGUUGAAAUGGAGGGUAACCGACUUAAUGGGCUUUAGUGCAUGUUAAUUCAUCAUGUUUACUCCAGGAUAGAGAUCUGUCAUCCAGCAACAUGUUUUUAAAGCAUGGGAACAUUUCUAGGGACACCUACAAGGUGACAACAUUGUAGCAGGCAAGCUUCCAACCCCAGUCCUGGAAAGCUAAACAAAUUAUAUAAUUCGUCAGGUUGACAGUACAGUGGCCUGUAAAAAUCUGGCUCAUAGUUUUCUGAUACUAAUUGUAAAGAAUAAAAAAUGUAGGACCAUUUAAAACAAAGAGUUUUGUAAAAUGCAAAGUACAUCUCAUUUUAUUUUUACAAAGAGAAGCUGCUAUCAGAAGCUAAACUUAUUUAGUAAAGUGAUUCGAAAUGAUAUAGAGUUAAACUUGAUGCUUAAUGAUGUAACAAUACCCAUAUGUGUUAUGAUGUGAAAUAUCUGCCAUAUUUAUAAUGAACAAAUCCUGAGUCGUUCUUAAAUCUAUAAACAAACAUUUAAUGUUUUGUCCCAAAUGAACAUUGUUCAUUGAUAGAUAUAACAUCUCAAAGGCAUGCAAGUCAUGAAAAACGAUAGUAAAAUUAAAUGUUAAGGUAUUCUAGUUAACUGAACAAACUUACAAUCGAAUCAUUAUAUCAAUGUAGUAUCACAGCUUCACCCGCCCCUCCACCCAAAACAAUCUGCCCCUGUUUAUCCCUGGUAUUAAUGUGAUUAAAUCGAUCCAAUCCAAGUGUACGGGGCUUUAAAUGGUGUCCUAAGUGUUUUGUGAUCCGAUCACUGAAACAUUUGGAGGAAUUGUUUUUGUGAUUAGCAUUAAUGCCUCUUGAAGCCAUUCACCUGUCAGUCAUGUCAUCCAAUGCUGCAACAAAAAGUCUCACCUUUACUGGUUGCAUGCGGAUUUAUAAGCAAAUAACUUAAAUAACCCUGUCAGUGAGAUUUUUGCUCUUUGUAAGUAAACUUAGAUAAAAUCUUAUCAGAAGAGAUUAAUUUUAUACACAUUACCACAGGUAUCUGUCUCAGCUAACCACCCAAAAUGAUACCAGGUAUAAACAGACGUCUAUUGUCACAGAAUCUCCACCAUCAGUUCACAAUGUCUAGAAGACACACUUUUAACAGAGAAAAUCAUGUACAGGUGACAAGAAUACCUUUACUUGACGUUGCAAUGAUCUAGAUAACAGAGUCUUAACAGACUACUCAGUAGAUUUUAAUUGUGGCAAUAAGUCUUUUACAUUUUGCCAAUACAAGAUCAGUAUUAACUCAGAAGAUUUUGUCAUGUUCAUACGUAAUUUUCAAAACAUUUCUAUAAAAGCCACAAGUCUAAAUUAACACAACCAAGGAAAUACACGAGAGGCUCUACAUAAGUGGAUUUAUUUAUUUGUUUAUUUAUUGGUAUUGUUUUUUCCAAUAAUCCUUGACUUUAACUGGCACAAAGAUAUUUGUUUCUUCUAGCACUGGACUGACAGAUCUUUCUUUUUCUCUUUGGAAACUGAAGUGUCCUUUGAUAUAUUUAUCUCUCAAGCUAUUUUGUACCUUUAUUGAUAUCAAUUAUUUUAGGGGCUGUUUUGUAUGAAUGUAAAUGUACAGCUAUAUUGUAAAUACAUGUUUAAUAAAAAGACACUUUUUUCA